GAGCGGAGGGGUCCGAACAGGGACGGGAAGGGGCGGAAAGUGACGGAAAGCGCCCGGAACGGCGGCGAGAAGCGGCGAACGGGAACGGGAGAGAACCGGAACGGCGGCCGGAAACGGAAAGCGCCGAGCGCGGCUGGAAAGCGCCGAACGGAGGCGGAAAUUGGCGGAAACACCCGAGCAGUGACGGAAAUCAGCGAGCAUCGGCGGAAAAACCCGAGCAGCGCCGGAAAGGCCCGAAGCGGCGGCGGAAAGCGCCGAGCGCGGCCCGAGCGGCGCCGGAAGUGGCCGAGCGCGGCCGGAAGUGGCCGAGCGCAGCCGAGCGCGGACGGAGCCGCCGCGGCCUGAGCGCGGCCCGGCAGAGGAGCGGGAGGCGGCAGCGGCAGCGGCCCCGAGGCACCGGCAGCGCUCGGCCAGGGCUCGGCCAGCGCCGCCAUGUCCGACUUCGACGAGUUCGAGCGGCAGCUGAACGAGAACAAACAAGAGCGGGACAAGGAGAACCGGCACCGCAAGCGCUCGCACAGCCGCUCCCGCAGCCGCGACCGCAAACAGCGCAGCCGCUCCCGGGAGAGGAGGAACCGCGACCAACGGAGCGUGAGCAGGGACCGGCGGCGCCGCAGCCGCUCCCCCCGGCACGAGAAGAAGAAGAAAAUCCGGAAAUAUUGGGACGUGCCCCCCCCCGGCUUCGAGCACAUCACCCCCAUGCAGUACAAGGCCAUGCAGGCCGCGGGUCAGAUCCCGGCCACGGCGCUGCUGCCCACCAUGACCCCGGACGGUUUGGCCGUCACCCCCACGCCGGUGCCCGUGGUCGGCAGCCAAAUGACGCGGCAGGCGCGGCGCCUCUACGUGGGCAACAUCCCCUUCGGCAUCACCGAGGAGGCGAUGAUGGAUUUCUUCAACGCGCAGAUGCGCCUGGGGGGGCUGACGCAGGCGCCCGGGAACCCCGUGCUGGCCGUGCAGAUCAACCAGGACAAGAACUUCGCCUUCCUCGAGUUCCGCUCGGUGGACGAGACGACGCAGGCCAUGGCCUUCGACGGGAUCAUUUUCCAGGGGCAGUCGCUGAAGAUCCGGCGGCCCCACGAUUACCAACCGCUGCCCGGCAUGUCCGAGAACCCCUCGGUCUACGUGCCUGGUGUGGUGUCCACGGUGGUCCCGGACUCCGCCCACAAACUCUUCAUCGGGGGCCUCCCCAAUUACCUGAACGAUGACCAGGUGAAGGAGCUGCUGACGUCCUUCGGGCCCCUCAAGGCGUUCAACCUGGUCAAGGACAGCGCCACGGGGCUGAGCAAGGGCUACGCCUUCUGCGAGUACGUGGACAUCAACGUCACUGACCAGGCCUCGCUCAAUGGGAUGCAGCUCGGCGACAAGAAGCUGCUGGUGCAGAGGGCGAGCGUGGGGGCCAAGAACGCCACGCUGAGCACCAUCAACCAGACGCCGGUGACGCUGCAGGUGCCGGGGCUGAUGAGCUCGCAGGUGCAGAUGGGCGGCCACCCCACCGAGGUGCUGUGCCUGCUCAACAUGGUGCUGCCCGAGGAGCUGCUGGACGACGAGGAGUACGAGGAGAUCGUCGAGGACGUUGGCGGGGGAGGGGGCAGGUACGGCACCGUCAGAUCCAUUGAGAUCCCGCGGCCCGUGGAUGGAGUGGAAGUACCUGGGUGUGGAAAGAUUUUCGUGGAGUUCACGUCGGUGUUCGACUGCCAGAAGGCCAUGCAGGGCCUCACGGGCCGCAAGUUCGCCAACCGCGUCGUGGUCACCAAGUUCUGCGACCCCGACUCGUACCACCGCCGCGACUUCUGGUAGCCCCGCCCCCGGCCCCGCCCCCCGGCCGCGGCCCCGCCCCCCGGCCGCGGCCCCGCCCCCUUUCCCCCCCAUUUCCCGCGGUUUCCCCCCCCCCCAAAAACCCCGCCCCCCUCUCUCCCCUCCCCCACCCCGCGCUGGUUUCUCGUUGUAGCUUCGGCCGCCC